UAUUAUAUUACAAAUUUACAUUUUGGACAAGAAAGGGAAUUCCACACUUGAAACCACAUAGCUGGUUUUUUGGAAAUUUAAAAGGUGUAGGUGGUCGAAAUGUUGCCGAAUAUUUAGGAUGUGUCUAUAAUGACAUGCAAAAGGCUGGUUUAGAAAAAAUUUCUGGUUUUUUUUUCUUUACGGAGCCCGCUUUGUUAGCAACUGAUGCAAAACACAUUCGCUUGGUGUUAACAAAUGACUUUGAUUAUUUUCACGAUAGAGGAGUAUUUGUAAACGAGAAGGAUGAUCCAUUAUCGGCUCAUUUAUUUUCCUUAGAAGGCACCAAAUGGAAAAGACUGCGAAAAAAAUUUACUCCAACAUUUACAUCUGGUAAAAUGAAAAACAUGUUUGAAAUUCUAUUAAAAGUGGCAAAUGAAUUAAAUUAUGUCAUAAGGGAAACGAUUGAAAAUUAUGAAGAAAGAGUCGAAAUUAGAGACUUUUGCUCACGCUUCACCAUAGAUAUAAUCGGAUCAUGUGCAUUUGGCAUUGAAUGCAACAGUCUUCGGGAUACACAUUCAGAAUUUAAGGAAAUUGGGAUGCAAUGCUUUGGAAAUUCAGCUAUAGAAAUGUUUAAACUGGCUUUUAUGAGUGCAUUUCAAAGGUUUUCACGUAAAAUUGGAUGUAGGUUCACAACAAAACGAACCGAGGAAUUUUUUUUUCGCAUCAUAAAAGAAACAAUCGAUCAUCGUCAAAAACAUAAUGUUGAUAGAAAUGAUUUUAUGGAACUUAUGAUACAGUUGAUGCAAACAGGAAGAUUGAAGGAUGAAAGUUCCUUAGAUGAAAGUACUGACGAAAGUCCCUUGACAUUUAACGAAAUUGCGGCACAAUGCUUUAUAUUUUUCGUUGCUGGGUUUGAAACUUCUUCAAGUACAAUGUCUUAUUGUCUCUAUGAACUGGCGAAAAAUCAAGAUGUGCAAAAUCGCUUGAGAUCACACAUACACGAAACUAUAAGAAAUCACAAUGGUCAAGUGACAUAUGAGGGAUUGUUAGAGAUACCUUACUUGGAUCAAGUCAUAAAUGAGACACUUCGAUUAUAUCCACCAGUUUCAUUAUUGCAGAGAAAAUUGGUAAAGCCGUACAAAGUUCCUGGUACAAAUUCAUACAUAGAUCCUGGUCUUGUUGUAUUUAUCUCAGUGUAUGGAAUACAAAGGGAUGCAAGAUAUUUUAAAGAUCCUUUAAAAUUUGAUCCUACCAGAUUUAGUUCUGAGAACUAUAAAAAUAUUCAGCCUUACUCAUUCAUUCCUUUUGGAGAAGGACCACGUCAAUGUAUUGGAAUAAGAUUUGGAAUGAUGCAGGUACGUUUAGGUAUCAUCACAUUUCUCAAAAAUUUUAGAGUAGAAGUGUGUGAAAAAACAGCUCCAGUUAUAAAAUUGGCACCCACAUCUCCGAUGCUCUUGCCUAAACAUGGCAUUCAAUUGAAGAUUUCAAAAAUCUAGUAUGGACGAUGAUAUAUAUUCAAUUCAGAGGUCCCAUUAACUUUUCUAAUUAAUUUUGUUAAUUAAUUUCAUUGUUUAAAAAUGACUCCAUUGUGCUAGUUGUCAACUUAUGUUUUUGCAUUAAUUUUAAUAUGGUUUCCGAGAUAUGGCUUCACUAAGUUUAAGCUUCAUUCAGUAAUUUUUCAAUUUUUUGAAUUAAUAUUAGACACUAUAUAGUUGUGUAAGGUAAGAACUUGGCAAAUUAGACAAAUUAGCAAAGAAUUUUCAUCGAGUUUUCAUGAAUAAACUUCAUGAAUUUCUCAAUAAACGUGAUUAUAUUGGACAAAUUUUAACAUUUCAACCAAAUUUGCAAGUAGGUACACUUUUGGACAAAAUAAAAAAAAUAUCAACAGAAAGUACGUCUCAGGGCAAAUACAUGGUCAAAAUAUAUUUUCAUAUACGUGUACAUAAGAAUAAAUAAUAAAAAUGUAACAAGAAAAUCGACAACAUGACUAGAAUUAUAAGUUUUCCGAAAAAACUUACAACAACGUCCAUUCAUGUGUAAUAAUGAUUUUUGCAUGAGUAAUGUGUGUCUUUUCGCUUACUAGGACUUCAUAAAACGCAAUCCGUUAGGCAUGUCCUUUAGUGAAUAUAAAAAAGAAAAGAAAACAGCAUGUAAUAUUAAUGAAUUGAAUGGUUAUUGAACGUGAUGAUUGGCAUUGAUGUGCCUUGAUGUGCUUAGCAUAUAUUAUAUUAUUUUUAUAAUGUAGGACAGAAUUGAAGCAAAUUUUGCAUUAUGUGUACUACUCAUAUAUGUGGACAAUACAAACAUUAACAUUUGUGGCAAAAUUUACAAAAGGGGUUGUUGGCCCUUCUAAAGAAUAAAUUUUUGUUUUUUCAAACAUUUCAAAUUUUUUUUCUGCAUUUUUAAAUUAUAAUAGAACAAAAAAGCCUUUUAUCUAUCAUACACACAUGACUUACCUCUACAUGCUUCGCAACUUUUUAUAUUGUAAAUUGAAAUCACAUAUGGACAAACAUGUCCCCUGUUUUAGAAUAACUUUAUUAGCCCGCAAAGAUGCACGGGUUAAACUAAACAAAAUACAUUAUAUGUAGGUAUAUCCGGAUUAGAAAUUCAAUAAAUUUAGAAUCUGUCAAGUGUAUGUUCAUGUUUUGUAUAAAUUACCUACCUUAAAAAUGAGA